AUUGAUGUGAUGGAGGAUACUGCUAUUAAUCUAUAUAAGGAAUUCAAUACCUUAAAUAAACGUUACAUGGAUCGGCAAUGGGAAAUGUUGCAAGUGGCUACCAAAAAUGUCGAUAGCUUUCGACGUACACUACCUUUGAUAACGGCGCUAAAGAAUCCGUGCAUGCGAAAGCGUCACUGGGAUGCUGUACGCGAAACUGUAGGCGUGGAUUUCGACGAGGAUUCCAAAAAGUUUAAACUCGAACUUAUUAUCAACUUGGACUUUCAAGCUUACUCCGAAGAGAUCCAAGAUAUUUCAAACGCCGCCACAAUGGAACUUCAAAUCGAAAACGGCAUUAAGAAUAUUGCAAGUAUUUGGCACAAGCAAACUUUCGAAAUGGCGUUCUACAGAGAUGGCAUAUACCGCAUAAAGAAUGUAGACGAUUGCAUGCAGUUGCUCGAGGAACAUAUGGUUCAAAUAUCAGCAAUGAAGUCGACACGUUUUGUGGAGCCUUUCAUCGAGGUUGUCGACUACUGGGAGAAGACUCUGUCGUAUGUCGCCGAAACGCUGGAAACGGCUUUGAAUGUGCAACGCCAAUGGUUAUAUUUGGAGAAUAUUUUCGCUGGCGAAGAUAUACGCAAACAAUUGCCGAACGAGGCAAAACGCUUUGCCAGCCUAACUGAUGAAUUUCGUUUGAUUAGCGCCAAGAUGUACAAUGCUAAGUACGCUGUGCGUGCGACACAUCUGCGCCAGCCACCAUUUCUGCUGGAGCGCUUCAAUAAAAUGGACGAACGUCUCGAGGUUAUACAACGUGCGCUCGAAAUCUAUUUGGAGUCUAAACGCCAAUUGUUUCCACGUUUCUAUUUCAUCUCCAACGAUGAUUUAUUGGAGAUCUUGGGCAAUGCCAAACGCCCGGAUCUGGUGCAGCCACAUCUGAAGAAGCUUUUCGAUAAUUUGUACAGAUUAGAGUUGAAACGUGUUGGCAAAGGUAUGAGUCGGUUUCAGGCAAUGGGCAUGUACUCGGACGAUGGCGAAUAUGUGGAAUUUCUCAAUGUAUUGUAUAUCGAUGGGCCCUCUGAGAAGUGGCUAAAUGUCGUAGAGGAUUUCAUGUUGAGCGUUAUGAAAGAGAAACUCAAGCAAACUCGUGCCUCGCUCAAGAAACUAAUUGGCAACCGCGAGCAGUGGAUGUCGUUAUGGCCAGGCCAAAUGCUGCUCACCACUUGUCAAAUUCAAUGGACGACCGAAUGCACGCGCAGUCUUAUCCAUUGCAAGAUGGUUGAUCAGAAGAAACCACUGCGCAAACUGAAGCGUAAACAGAAUAAGGUUUUGGCUAAACUUUCGGAACUUAGUCGCAAGGACCUGCCGAAAACCAUGCGCCUCAAGGUGAAUACCCUUAUCACCAUUGAAAUUCACGGACGUGAUGUCAUCGAACGCAUGUACAAGGUUAAUUGCAAAGACAUCAGCCAUUUCGAAUGGUUUUCGCAGCUGCGUUUCUAUUGGCAUCGCGAGUCUGAACUCUGCGUCAUACGUCAAACUAACACCGAGCAUUGGUAUGCUUACGAGUACACCGGCAACUCGGGUCGUCUUGUGAUCACGCCGCUCACAGAUCGUUGCUAUAUAACGCUAACAACGGCACUACAUUUACAUCGCGGUGGCAGUCCCAAAGGGCCAGCUGGCACUGGCAAAACUGAGACAGUUAAAGACUUGGGUAAAGCUUUGGGUAUCUGGGUCAUUGUCACGAAUUGCUCUGAGGGUUUGGACUACAAGAGCAUUGGCAAGAACUUUUCUGGCUUAGCGCAAACUGGCGCUUGGGGCUGCUUCGAUGAGUUCAAUCGCAUCAAUAUCGAAGUGUUGUCCGUCGUAGCGCAACAAAUUCUCUCCAUCAUGUCGGCACUUUCCGCCAAACUCACCGAGUUCAACUUCGAGGGCAGCGUAAUCAAACUAAAACACACCGUCGGACUCUUCAUCACAAUGAAUCCUGGCUAUGCUGGACGCACAGAACUGCCCGAUAACCUCAAAUCUAUGUUCCGGCCGAUCGCCAUGAUGGUGCCGGACAACGCAAUCAUAGCCGAGAACUUGCUCUUCUCCGAUGGCUUCACGAACACCCGCAGCUUGGCACGCAAGGUCUUUACGCUCUACGAACUGGCCAAGCAGCAGCUGUCUAAGCAGUAUCACUAUGAUUUCGGUCUACGCUCCAUGGUCGCAUUGCUGCGUUAUGCUGGACGCAAGCGUCGCCAAUUGCCAAACACUAACGAAGAAGAAAUCGUUUACUUGGCUAUGCGCGAUAUGAAUGUGGCGCGGCUGACAGCCAACGAUUUACCACUUUUCAAUGGCAUUAUGUCCGACAUCUUCCCAGGCGUUACAUUACCUGUUAUUGACUACAGCGAUUUCAAGAUCGCAAUUGAGGAUGAACUACGCAGCAAUGGUCUACAGCUCAUACCAAUCGCCAUUAAAAAGAUUAUAGAGCUGUAUGAGACGAAGAAUUCACGCCAUUCUACGAUGAUUAUCGGUGGUACGGGUACCGCAAAGUCGGUGACUUGGAAAUGUCUGCAAGGCGCCUUUGGGCGUAUGAACGCCAACAAACAUCCAGGCUGGGAGGCAGUCAUUGUGCAUCCAGUCAAUCCAAAGGCGCUCAAUUUAGCCGAGCUUUAUGGCGAAUACAAUUUGGCGACCGGCGAAUGGUUGGACGGUGUACUCAGUGCAAUUAUGCGUGUUAUAUGCGCCGAUGAAGAUCCCACGCAGAAGUGGCUGCUAUUCGAUGGGCCCGUCGAUGCGGUGUGGAUUGAGAACAUGAACUCUGUUAUGGAUGACAACAAAAUUCUGACAUUAGUGAAUAGCGAACGUAUAACUAUGCCAGCACAAGUAUCGCUGCUAUUCGAAGUAGCCGAUCUGGCGGUGGCCUCACCGGCAACGGUAUCACGCUGUGGCAUGGUGUACAAUGAUUACAAUGACUGGGGUUGGCGUCCGUACGUGAAUUCAUGGUUGGCUCGGCAAAAACUUCCAGAACAUGUGAAUUUUCUACGCGAAUAUUUUGACUACUAUCUGGAUAGGGUAUUGGAGUUCAAACGAGUUCAUUGCAAGGAAAUAGUUAAGACAAAUCAGUUGAAUGUGGUUAUGUCAAUGUGCAAAUUGUUGGAAGCUUUUUCCACAAAACAAAAUGGUAUUGUAUCUGGUAAUGCUGAACUGCUGGAGACAAUGAGUAAAUUGUGGUACCUAUUCUCGCUAAUUUGGUCUGUGUGCGCAACUGUAGAUGAAGAGAGUCGCCUCCGCAUAGAUUUCUUCAUAAGAGAAAUAGACAGUUCCUUCCCCAUCAAGGACACCGUUUAUGAUUAUUAUGUCGAUCCAGAACAUAGAACGCUUAUGCCGUGGGAGAGCAAGCUUUCAGACGCUUGGAAAUAUGAUGAAAAUCUUCCCUUCUAUAAAAUCAUUGUGCCCACUGUGGACACUGUGCGCUAUGAAUAUCUUGUCUCUAAACUGUUGCAAGAAGAACACCCAGUCAUGCUAGUGGGCAAUGUGGGCACAGGCAAGACAUCUACCGCAGUCAGUGUAAUGGACUCGUGUGAUAAAAAUAAGUAUACAGUGCUCUCCAUCAAUAUCUCGGCGCAGACCACAGCUGCCGGUUUGCAAGAAUCCAUUGAGAAUCGCACCGAAAAACGCACUAAAACCAUUUACGUCCCAAUCGGCGGCAAGCGUAUGAUUUGCUUCAUGGACGACUUCAAUAUGCCUGCCAAAGACACCUACGGAUCGCAGCCGCCAUUGGAACUUAUCCGACAGUGGAUAGAUUACAAAUAUUGGUUUAAUCGUCGCAAUCAACAGAAGAUCUAUGUACAGAAUACGCUGCUAAUGGUAGCCAUGGGUCCACCGGGUGGCGGACGCCAGGAGAUAUCGACACGCACGCAAAGUCGUUUCGUCGUCAUCAAUAUGACAUUCCCCAACGAGGCGACAAUCAUGCGCAUUUUCGGCAGCAUGCUUCAGCAAAAGUUGAUACCAUUCGCCAAUGAUAUACGCGAGAUUGCUCUGAAAAUCACAACCAGCACCAUUGAUCUAUAUAAUGCUGUGGUUGCACGUAUGCUGCCCACGCCAGCCAAGUCGCAUUAUUUGUUCAACUUGCGCGACAUAUCGAAAAUAUUUCAGGGACUGCUGCGCGGUCAUCACGAAGCGCAGACGAAGCGCGCUAUGUUCUUACGUUUGUGGGUGCACGAAGUGUUUCGUGUAUUCAGCGAUCGUUUGGUCGACGAUUUGGAUCAGGGCUGGUUUAUGAAUGAGGUGAACAACAUACUAGGCAAGUAUAUGGAGGUCACAUUCCACGGUUUGUGCCCCAACAAAAUCGUACCCAUAUUUGGCGACUUUAUGAGCAAUCAAGGUCACUAUGAAGAUUUGGUUUUCGACGAUUUACGAAAGUAUAUCAAUCGCCAAAUGGAGGAAUACAAUAACUUCCCGGGCAUGGCGCGCAUGAAUCUGGUAUUCUUUAAGGAGGCUAUCGAGCAUGUGACGCGCGCCGUGCGUGUCAUCUCACAACCGCGCGGACACGUGUUGAACAUUGGUAUCGGCGGUUCGGGGCGGCAGUCACUCGUGCGUUUGGCAGCUUUUAUUUGCGAAUUUGGCACAUUUACAAUAGAGGUCACAAAGAAGUACAAAACGAAUGAAUUCAAAGAGGAUCUGAAAAAUCUCUACAAGAUCACCGGCAUCAAGCAACGUGGCACCGUGUUUCUUUUCAGCAACGAACAAAUUGCCGAAACUGCAUUCCUUGAAAUACUAAACAACAUGCUGAGCACCGGUGAAGCGAACCUUUUCAAGGCGGAGGAGUUCGAAGAUUUGAAAACGGAACUGGAACGUCCAGCAAAGAGGGCAGGCGUGCAGUUUACCACCGAAGCACUAUAUAAUUUCUUUAUGCAAAACGUGCGUGAGAAUAUGCACAUUGUACUAGCGAUGAGUCCCAUUGGCGAGGAGUUUCGCAGCUAUAUACGACAGUACCCAGCCUUGAUCAACAACACCUCGCCGAACUGGUUUCGUCUAUGGCCACAGGAAGCACUUUUGGAGGUAGCGCAAAAGUUUUUACUCGGCUUCCCGAUAAAUGUACCGGUUCCCGGCAAAGAGGAUGAGAAACAUAGAGACAGCUUGGUUAUCACCUCGGAAGAGAGGUUACAAAAAGCUGUGGCCUAUGUCUUUUCCGUGAUUCACUCGAGCGUAGCCGAAAUGUCUGUGCGAAUGUUGGCCGAAGUGAAGCGGCACAAUUACGUCACAUCGCCCAACUAUUUAGAGUUGGUUAGCGGAUUUAAGGCGUUACUCGAAAGUAAACGCUACGAGGUAUCUUCCAGCGCAAACAAGCUAAGAAAUGGACUCUCAAAAAUUCAAGAGACACAAGAGAAAGUCUCAGUAAUGUCGGAAGAACUCAAAGUCAGCUCGGAGCAAGUGAAAGUCUUAGCUAAGGAAUGCGAAGAAUUCAUUGCAAUCAUUGAGAUACAAAAGGCGGAGGCUACAGAACAGAAAGAAAAAGUUGACGCGGAGGCGAUAGUUAUACGCCAAGAGGAAGUUAUUUGUCUAGAAUUGGCCGCAACAGCGCAAGCCGACUUGGACGUUGUUCUACCAAUGAUAGAUGCGGCUAUCAAAGCCUUAGAUGCUUUAAGCAAAAAAGAUGUGGCUGAGGUGAAGUCUUACGGACGGCCGCCAAUGAAAAUUGAGAAGGUUAUGGAAGCCGUACUGAUUAUAUUGGGCAAGGAGCCCACAUGGGAGAAUGCGAAGAAGGUGCUCGGUGAUGUAAACUUUUUGAAUGAUUUGAAGAAUUUUGAUCGUGAUCAUGUCACUGAUAAAACGCUAAAACGCAUUAGCUUGUAUACGAAAAAUCCGGAGCUCGAACCAGAAAAGGUCGCAAUAGUAUCGGUGGCUUGUAAAUCACUUAUGCAAUGGAUUAUGGCGAUAGAGAAUUAUGCCAAAGUGUAUCGCAUCGUGGCGCCCAAGCAGGAGAAGUUAGACAAUGCCACGCGCUCGCUGGCCGAGAAGCAAGCUAUGUUGGCGGCUGCUAUGAAAAAGUUAGCGGAACUUAAUGCUGCAAUUGCCGAACUAUACCGGCAAUUAAAUGAGAAGACGGAAAUGCUUAAUGAACUGCGAAUUAAAGAAGAAAAGUUGAGAAAACAACUCGAGCGCGCCAUUAUCCUGGUAGAAUCCUUGUCUGGUGAACGAGAACGUUGGAUUGAGACUGUGGCUGCCUUGGAUUUAUCGUUCGAAAAGUUGCCUGGCGAUUGUCUAUUAGCCACCGCAUUCACAUCCUACCUUGGCCCCUUCGACACCAAAUACCGCGAGUCACUCAUCGAGCAAUGGAUCGCACUCAUAGCAUCGAACCAAAUUCCCUAUACAGAUGAAAUGAAAAUAACACUUUUCCUCAGCGAUGCCGUAACUAUACGCGAAUGGAAUAUUCAGGGUCUGCCUGCCGAUGACUUUAGCACCGAAAAUGGUGUAAUUGUUAUGCGCGGCCAACGUUGGCCACUCAUCAUCGAUCCGCAAUCACAAGCGAACACUUGGAUUAAAAACUACGAGGCCAAUAACAAUUUGAAGGUAAUCGAUUUCUCUCAAAAUGAUUAUAUACGCUCGCUGGAGCGCGCGAUGUCCGCCGGUAAUCCAGUACUGCUUCAAAAUGUUAGCGAGUACUUGGAUCAAGCCAUUAAUCCGAUUUUGCGCAAAAGCUUUACCAUACAAGGAGGCCAAAAGCUAAUCAAGUUCAAUGACAAAUACAUAACCUACAAUGAUGCCUUCAAACUCUACAUAACCACAAAAAUAACCAAUCCCCACUAUCCACCGGAAAUUUCAUCAAAAACGACCAUCGUUAAUUUCGCUGUCAAGCAAGACGGCUUGCAGGCACAACUCUUGGGCAUAAUUGUGCGCAAAGAGAAACCCGCUUUGGAGGAGCAAAAAGAUGAGUUGGUCUUGACGAUUGCGCGCAACAAACGCACGCUCAUCGAAUUGGACAACGAGAUCUUGCGUUUGCUAAAUGAAAGUCGCGGCUCACUGCUGGAAGAUGAUGAACUUUUCGCUACGUUACAAAAGUCACGCCAGACUUCGGUUUUGGUGAAAGAAUCGCUGGCCACCGCCGAAGUGACGGAGAUCGAGAUCGAUGCUGCUCGCCAAGAAUAUCAACCGGCGGCCGAACGCGCAGCCAUACUCUUCUUCGUGCUAAUGGAUAUGUCGAAAAUCGAUCCGAUGUAUGAGUUUUCGCUUGCCGCCUAUAUUUUACUCUUCGUGCAAUCAAUCGAGCGUAGUCCGAAACAUCAAAUCGUAUUCGAGCGCAUACAAAAUAUAAACGAUUAUCACACAUAUUCUGUAUAUAAGAAUACCUGUCGAGGCCUAUUCGAAAUGCAUAAGCUGCUCUUCUCCAUACACAUGACGGCGAAAAUUUUGCAAUGUGCCGGAAAGCUGGUGGAGGCGGAAUAUGAUUUUAUUCUAAAGGGUGGCAUUGUACUGGACAAACAGAAUCAGGCGCCCAAUCCAAGUCCUGUCUGGAUCAGCGAGCAAGCUUGGGAUAACAUAACUGAACUAGACAAACUUCCAGGCUUCCAUGGCAUUAUCGAUUCAUUUGAGCAGAGUUCAAAAGCGUGGCAGAUGUGGUACGCAACAACUUCGCCGGAGACCGAAGAUCUGGUUGGCGAGUGGAAUGACAAAUUGACGGAUUUCCAAAAGAUUUGCGUCGUACGUUGCUUACGUCCCGAUCGCAUCUCCUUCUGCCUCACGCAAUUUAUUAUCAAUACACUUGGCCCGCGUUUUGUUGAGCCACCCGUUUUGGAUUUGAAGGCCGUUUUCGACGAGUCUAUGCCUCAAACGCCGCUCAUCUUUGUGCUUUCGCCUGGCGUAGAUCCAACACAAUCGCUCCUAACGCUUGCCGAACAAUGCAAAAUGGCUUCACGCAUGUUCUCACUCAGUUUGGGUCAAGGUCAGGCGCCAGUCGCUACGAAAAUGAUCAUGGAUGGUGUACACGAUGGCAACUGGGUCUUUCUGGCCAACUGUCAUCUGUCCUUGAGUUGGAUGCCAACAUUGGACAAGAUUAUUGCUACCAUGCAGACGAUGCAGCUACACAAGCGCUUCCGGCUAUGGUUGAGUUCGAGUCCACAUCCCGAAUUUCCGAUUUCCAUACUACAGACAAGCAUUAAAAUGACCACCGAACCACCGCGUGGCAUAAAGGCCAAUAUGCGUCGCCUGUACAAUAAUAUUGACGAGCAAAACUUCGAGACGAUUGACGAAACGGGCAAGUACAAGAAGCUACUAUUCGCGCUUUGCUUCUUCCAUACGGUGCUGUUGGAGCGCAAGAAAUUUUUACAGCUCGGUUGGAAUGUUAUUUAUAGUUUCAAUGACUCUGACUUUGAGGUCUCAGAUGUAUUGCUGGCUUUGUAUUUGAACGAAUAUGAGGAGACACCUUGGGGUGCAUUGAAAUAUCUCAUUGCCGGCAUCAAUUAUGGUGGGCACGUGACCGAUGAUUGGGAUCGCCGCCUACUAACAACGUACAUUAAUCAGUUUUACUGUGAUGCGGCUUUGACCAACCAAAAAUUCCGCCUCUCGUCGCUGCUGAAUUACUUCAUACCUGUGGAUGGCGAUCUGCAAUCUUACAUCGAUCAAAUCCAACAAUUUCCAAACUUCGACAAACCGGAAGCAUUUGGCCAACAUCCCAAUGCCGAUAUUGCUUCACUGAUCGGCGAAACUCGUUUGCUCUUCGAGACGCUCAUGUCAAUGCAGGUGCAAACCACCGCUGCGGUGGGUGAGAGUAUGGAGACUAAGGUCUUACGCUUGGCUAAGGACAUACACGCCAGCAUACCGGACGAAAUCAACUACGAGCAGACCGCCAAAUUAAUCGGCAUCAACCGUUCGCCACUCGAGGUAGUGUUGCUGCAGGAGAUUGAGCGCUAUAACUAUUUAUUGAGGAGAAUGAAAAUACACAUGCGAGAUUUACAGCGUGGCAUAAAGGGCCUAGUAGUGAUGAGCACCGAAUUAGAGGAUAUCUACCAGUCAGUUUAUGAAGGUCGCGUGCCUGCGGUGUGGCUUCAAGCUUAUCCUUCCCUCAAACCACUCGCUUCGUGGUCGCGUGAUCUAAUUCUACGCAUAGAACAUUUCUCGCAAUGGGCCAAGACACUGAAACCGCCGCUGCUCUUUUGGUUGGCCGCAUACACUUUUCCCACUGGUUUUCUCACUGCCGUGCUGCAGACAUCGGCACGCGCCACCCGCACUCCCAUCGACGAAUUGUCAUGGGACUUUUAUGUCUUCAUCGAGGAGGAUGCGGCUGCGGCGCGCAUUGUGCGGGAAGGUGGCGGCGUCUAUGUGCGUAAUUUGUAUUUGGAGGGUGCCGGUUGGCUGCGCAAGAUGCAAUGCCUGCAAGAUCCACUGCCCAUGGAGCUGAUUUGUCCAAUGCCCGUUAUACACUUCAAGCCGGUAGAGAAUCUGAAGAAGAAGACUCGUGGUGUAUACCAGUGCCCUGCCUAUUAUUAUCCGCAACGUGCCGGUUCCUUUAUCAUACCCGUGGACUUGAAGUCGGGGCUCGAGAAAUCGGACUAUUGGAUUAAGCGCGGCACUGCUUUGUUACUCAGUUUGAGCGUCUAA